AUGCCUUCACCUAAGAGAUCCUCAAAGCCCAGCACGUCUGUGGCUUCUACUGGAUCCUCCAUGCCUGCUACGGCUCCCAUAUCUCCUGCCUCCUUGAAGGUCACCAAAUCAGCAAUGCCCAACACCUCCUCAGUAGCCCCCAAGCCAUCAACAUCCCCCAACUCAGUCAUGAGCCCAAGUAGUUCCAAGUCCACCAAAUCAACAAGUACAAAGUCGGCCACUUCUAACCAGUCCCGUAGCAAGUCCCAAGUCCGCAAUAAGGUAAGAACGCCCAGUAGGGCAAGCACCGACACAAGGACCAGCAAAGGCAGCAAGACCAGCAACACAAAACACCAUCAUCAGAAAGGCACGCACAGCCGGGGCCGCACACCUGGCAGAAGGAGCAGUCGCAGCUCUACGAGGUCACCCAGCAGGGCCAGCACUCCUACCAGGAUGAGAACUCAUGGUGCCAAAUCAGGCUUAGCUAAAAGGGCGAGAACUCCUACUUCCCAUCCAAAAUGGAGUCGGGACAAGAGUUAUAGCCGGCUUAGAACCAACACCCAGGAAAAGAGCGACAGCCAGCUUAAAAAUAUGAGCAGGAAAAAGAGUUACGGCCCACGAGAAGCCUUAGGUGUGGGGAGCAGUUCCAGGUUGCCUGUAACCCCCAGCCGCUCAAAGAGUUACAGCCCAACUAGAACACCCUUUCAGGGGAAGGGCAACAGCCAGUCUCCAACACCAACAAGGAGAGUGAAGAGUUCUAGUCAGAUGACGGCCCCCAAGAGGGAACCAAGUUACAGCCCAACUGAAGUGGCCAAGAGGACCAAGACGUAUACCCACACCCCCAGCAGCACCCCCAGCAGGACCCGAAGUCAUAGCGGAUCUAAAACCCCUAGAAAAACGAGAAGUCAUAGUCGGAGGAGGACCCACAGCAGGAUGAGAAGUCACAGUUGGAAGAGAAAUCAUAGUAGGGCAAGAAGUCACAACUGGAAGGGAACUCCCAGACAUAGAAGAAGAUACAGUCAGUCUAUAACCCACAGGAGGAGGAAAAGUCAGAACCAUUCUAGAAUCCUCAGAAAGGAAAGAGGUCACAAUUGGUCAAGAACCCCCAGUGAGGAAAGAAGUCACAGCCAUUCUAGAAGUGGCAGCAAGGAGAGAGACCUUAGCCCAUCUAGAACUUCCAGCAAGGAGUCAGAUCACAGCCAAUCUAGAAUCACCAGGAGGAAGAAAGAUCCUGGCCAACCUACAACUUCUAAGAGUCUCAUGGAGCCCAAACCCUAG